CCAUGAAAUUGCUAAACAUAAAAUGAAUCGUGUAGUUCCACACCGCCAGUAUUUUUCUGUUGUAUCUGAAGAAAUCCUUAAUCAUUUUCGUGCAGUUUUUCUUCAAGAUAUCAACAGCAAAUUAGGUUUUCAUCAGACAAAUGAAGGAAUAAAGCAUUUUCAAUGGAAUUGUCCUAAAAGUUUAUUUUAUCAUUUUUUUUCAAAUGAAUCUGGAUUUUCAUAUCGACCAUCUAUACGAAGAUAUUCAU